CAAAUCCUCCGUAGUUCCAAAUUAAAUCUCUUUUUUUCUCAUGGUAGUAGGUUUUAGUCCUCUUACAAACUUUCGUUAUUGAGUUGGCCAUACAGUUCACAUGUUUCUAGCGAUUCACGUUGCAUCAUCACUUGAUACAAAUCUUAUAUACGAAUCGACAACGCACUAGAACAUCCUUGAUCAUUUAAUUUAUUUGAAUGAGAUUUGUAGUGCCAAUCCAACACAAGUCCUUUUUUUUUUUUUCAAUUGAAAUAUCUUUUGUUUUUCUGCUAAUUCAUCGGAGAUAUGCCGAGUUUAAUGGUGAAAGUUUAUAGCUUACUCUUCAAAUACAACUUUAAACACCGAUUACAAGCCUUAACCGAAUCCUCAACUCCCUCAACUCCAAACCCUUUUAACUGUGUCAUUUCACGUACUGAUGAAACAAUUACCACUUCUAAUCCUAGUCUCUCUAACAAUGAAGUUGCAACUAAGGACCUUCAUAUUGAUCCUUUAACUUCUCUUUCCCUCAGAAUUUUCCUCCCUCAAUCCUCUUUAAUUUCCACUGAAGGGGUUUAUGGGGGUUAUAUACCGGAUAAAAACGCAAAAAACUGCAAGAAAAUGCCGGUUAUAUUGCAGUUUCAUGGUGGUGCAUGGGUGAGUGGUGGUAAUGAUACAGUUUCUAAUGAUGUUUUUUGUAGGAAGUUGGCGAAAUCUUGUGAUGCUAUUGUGAUUGCUGUUGGAUAUAGGCUGGCACCGGAGAGUAGGUAUCCGGCUGCUUUUGAAGAUGGGGUUAUGGCGAUUAAAUGGUUAGCUAAACAAGCUAACUUGGCUGAAUGUAGCAGGUCCAGUUUGGAUAAAAGGAUUGUUAGUGGGCAAAUUGUUGAUGGAUUUGGGGCUUCUAUGGUUGAGCCUUGGUUAGCAGCUCAUCUAGACCCUUCAAGGUGUGUCCUUCUUGGAGUGAGUUGUGGAGCCAACAUCGCGAAUUAUGUCGCACGAUAUGCUGUUGAGGCAGGGAAACUUUUGGAUCCUAUAACAGUAGUGGCUCAAAUUCUAAUGUACCCAUUCUUCAUUGGCAACAUUCCUACACAUUCAGAGAUAAAACUGGCAAACUCUUACCUCUAUGACAAAGCUACAUGCAUUCUUGCUUGGAAACUUUUCCUCCUGGAAACAGAUUUCAAUCUGGACCAUCUAGCUGCAAAUCCCCUUGUACGGGGAAAAGAAACACCGUUGGACUUAAAGCAUAUGCCACCAACGCUUACAGUGGUUGCACAGUAUGAUUGGAUGCGAGAUAGGGCCAUUGCAUAUUCAGAGGAACUUCGAAGAGUGAAUGUUGAUGCCCCUCUUCUUGACUACAAGGAUGCUGUACAUGACUUUGCUACCCUUAAUGUGCUUCAGAAAACGCCUAAAGCUCAGGCUUGCUUAGAGGAUAUCUCAAUAUGGGUCAAAAAGUAUAUAUCCCUCAGAGGCAAUGAAUUUUCAUAUUGAGUGAGAAUUAGAGAGGAAAUGACACAGGUUCCUGCUCUUGUAGCAAUUUAGUUGCAAAGUGAAAUUUUUGUAGCAAUUUUCAUCCCUGUUAGAAGUUAAGACGUAAAUAGUUCAUUUAUUAAUUCAUGAUUAUUCUUUUAUGUAAUGUAUGUAGUGAUGUACAUAGCUUAAGACUUCAGAGGAAACACUGAAAAAUAAUGUAAUUUGCACUUUAAUGUAAAUUCCUAAAGUUUCCCUUUA